AUGGACGAGAAGCAGUCCUUUCUGGGCCUGGCUACAACGCCUAGACAGCAUGGAACAGAUGUUCGCCGUCAUCCAAAACGUCCCAGCUUGAGGUCGCCCAAGCUCCUUCUGGCAAGCAGCAUUCUGGUCUUUCUUGCUCUGUUUCGCUACGAAGGAGAGCACAUCGCAUGGGAGGCCUGCGGGGAGGUCGCGGGACGGCAUGUGGAGUGUUCGACCAUCUCGGUGCCCAUGGACCAGUUCAAUGCGACCAACUCGGGCGACAAGGUCUUCACCAUCCCUCUGAUUCGCAUGCGCGGGAAGAAUGCCACCCAGAACCUUCUUAUCAACCCAGGCGGCCCAGGAGGCUCUGGUCUCGAGUUCCUCUUCAGGCGUGGCGAGCAGCUCAACACCAUUGUUGGCGAGGGCUUCCAUCUGCUAUCCUUCGACCCGAGAGGUGUUAACCAUUCGACGCCGCAAGCUUCUUGUUAUCCUAAUCAGGAGACUCGGCGUGCCCUGUCUCAGGUCAAGCACUCCAGGGUCAUCGAGGACAGCCCGGAGGCUUAUGCCUUUGCCCAGAAUUUUGUACAGGCUUGUGCAGAUACCAUGGGCGAACAUGGGCUAUACAUCAAUACGCCCCAGACUGCUGCAGACAUGAACAGUAUUCUGGAUGCUGUGGGCCAAGCAAGUCUGAUCUACUGGGGUUUCAGCUACGGAACACUCCUCGGCCAAACGUACGCUGGCCUCUUCCCUGAACGGUCCGAACGCGUCAUUAUCGACGGCGUGGUCAAUCAAUUUUCCUGGUAUGACGAGAUUGUGACUGAAGAGUUCUAUACCGAUACGUUUCGUGUCUUCGAGGGGUUUUUCGAGGAGUGUCUGAAUGCAGAAGAAAACUGCACAUUGUCCACAUUGUCGAAAUCCAAAGAGGAGCUCAUGGACAAAGUUCUCGGGUUCGCAGAAAACAUCUACGACGAACCAUUGAGCGUUUAUGUCAACAGUACAAAUUGGGGUACACUCGACUACUCCAAGAUCUUGUAUACCGGCAUCUUUCCCGAACUGUACAAACCGGCGCAGUGGUCUGCGCUUGCAGAUCGUCUUGCGAAGUUACUCGAAGGAAAUGCAACCGACGCGUUUCUGGCCUACGGCGGAGCUGAUGCUUGGGACCUCGGGGGCGAGGCCAACCAGUUCGUCACCUACAAUGAUGGCAAAUCCGGCCUGAGAAACUGGCCCAAGGGGCGCCUGUCUGCGCUCGAGAUCAUAAAGCCCGUGGCCAAUUCGAGCCUGUUCGCUCCGGCCGGGACCAGUGAACUUUAUCAGAAGCAACAAUGGACCAUUCCCAAGACGCAUAACUACGUGCCUAGACUCGGCGUCGAAACUGCACAUCCCCUACUCAUCCUGAGCACCACCUUCGACCCCAUCUGCCCCCUGGUGUCUGCCCAGUCCGCCAAGAGGGCCUUUGCAGGCUCGGAGAUUGUGGAGGUCAAGGGUUUUGGUCACUGCACUGUGGCCGUCACGUCGAGCUGUGUUGCAAAGCAUGUGCGGGCCUUCCUGUACAACGGUACGGUGCCAGACAGCCACACUCAGUGCGAGGUCGAUGGGCCCUAUUUUGUGAAGCCGGAAGAUCAGAAUGGAAAGAGCAUCACUGCCCUGAGGGAUUUUGCGGAUCCUGAGGAGAUGCAGAUACAUAUGGCUCAGCUGAAGAUCGCAAGGGAUCCGGCUUGGCCAACGUGGACGCGGUGGCAAUAA